UAUUAUCAUGGUAGACUACGUUAAACUUAAAGAAGAAGAUGAACCACCAUCUUAUGAACAGGAGGCAGAUCCCCCUCAACAAGGGUACCCACCUCAGCAAGGGUACCCACCUCAACAAGUGUACCCCCCAGUUCAAGGUCAGCCCGGUCAAGGUUAUGUUCAUCAACAAUAUCCUCAACCACAAGUCGUUGUGGUACAACAAGGAUACCAAGGAUUCCCUCCCUCCCAAGGAUUCCCUCCACAAACACACACUACACUAGCCUGGAUAGCGUGUCUGUGUUUCUUCUGGCCGGUUGGACUGGUUGCUGUAGUGAAAGCUCACGAGGCAGAACAGUGUGUUGGACGAGGAGAUUACGAGGGAGGAAAAAGAAGUGGAGAGGCGGCUAACAAAUGGGCUAUUGCUGCAAUCAUCACACAAUUAGUGCUAGGAGUUGUUGUGGGAAUCAUCUACUUCACUAUUGGCUUUUUUGGAUUAUAACUGUAAAGUUCCACUGAGUACAGUUACGAAGGAAAGUAGCGUGAACACCCAGAUUAUCAGAUCUCUUAACAACUCUCUUUGGAGAUGACUACUCCUUACAACCGUCCAAAUCACAUCGAUUCUUUGAGCGG